AUGGCUGCGCCACACACCCCACGGCCCCGCCUGCCGCACGGCGCCCCGGCGCUCCUGCUCCUCCUCACGGCUCUCGCCGCCGCCACCGCCUGCCACCACCUGCGGCCCCGCCACGCCACCUUCCCCUGGGACAGCCUCCAGCUCCUCCGGGCCAUGGCUCCCAGCCCCACACAGCCCUGCCACCACCAGCACGCGCCCUCCUUCCCCAACACCCUCCUCAACACCCCCCGCUCCCAACAACCCGCCGCCGCCCUCACCAUCCUCCAGCACCUCUUGCAAAUCCUCAGCAGCAACAGCAUCCCCCAACACUGGCACAACCAGGCACGGGAACACCUCCUCAACAGCCUCCACCACCACAGCCAGCAGCUCCAGCAGUGCCUGACACCCAACAGGAUGCUCUUCCGAACACAAGGACCCCGCAACCUGCUGCUCACCAUCCACAAAUACUUCGGGGACAUCCAGGACUUCCUCCGCACCCACAAUCACAGCGCCUGCGCCUGGGACCACGUCCGCCUCCAAGCUCACAUCUGCUUCCAAUACAUGGACCAACUCCUAGGGCAGGUGAAGAGCCAAAGCGCUCUGCCCUCCACCAAACCCGCCUGCGCCCAACACCCAUUCCCAGCCAACACCAGCGGCUGCAGACGGAGCAGAGGCCGCAGCAGCCCGGGCUGGGAUCGCUCAGCACCGCUCCCAGACAGGAGCCGACGGCCACAAGGGAAUACAGGGCAGAUAAAACUAACAGGAGGCAAUGUAGGGCCACUGAUGAAUGAGCUGGGUGCCCUGCUGACAGAAGACACAGAGAAGGCAGAGUUCCUGAACGCCUUCUUUGUCUCUGUCUGCUCUGCCGGAGGCUGGCCUGAGGAGCCCCGUACCCCUGAGGCCCCACAGGAAGGCAGGACAAUGGAGGAGUUUGCCAUGGUUGAUGGGGACUGGGUUAGGGAGCAAAGAAGCAAGCUGGACAUCCAUAAAUCCGUGGGUCCGGAUGGGAUGCACCCGCGGGUGCUGAGGGAGCUGGCUGAGGUCGUUGCUGAACCACUCCCCAUCACCUUUGCCAAGUCUUGGGAGACGGGAGAGGUGCCUGAGGACUGGAGGAAAGCAAAUGUCACUGACGUGGACCGCAAACUGGCUGAAGAGAAGAAGCCCGAGAGUCGUGAUCAAUGA